CAAUCUAGUUGGUUUAUGGCCAUACCUGAUUUCUGAAACUUCACAUUUCCAACAGAGAGCGAUGGCAACCGGCUCUCCCCCAAUGCUUACCAACUUCAUGGGUACCCCCCUUUCUUCCCUUUCUAUAACUUCGAGUAAGUCAUUAUGUACCAGAUUGAAUUCAAGAAACUUACAGUCUUCAAGGAUAUUUUGUGAUUAUUCCUGCUUUGAAGUUAAAGAUCUAUGUUAUAGGGCACCUGGGACUCAAAUUAAUAUAUUGAACAACGUAAGCUUUUGUCUCCCACAGAAAAGUUUUGGUUUAAUCUUUGGACGAAGUGGCAGUGGAAAGACAACACUUUUGCAGCUGCUUGCUGGGCUAAGUAAACCAACAUCAGGUUCCAUCCUUUUACAAGGAUAUGGAGAGGAUGGGCGUUCAAAUCAACCAUCUGAGUUGUUACCACCAGAGCGAGUUGGAAUUGUUUUUCAGUUUCCAGAAAGAUACUUUCUGGCUGAUACUUUGUUGGACGAGGUAACAUUUGCCUGGCCAAAGCAAAAAGGGGGUCUUAAAACAAGGGAAUAUCUCGCUUCCAAUCUUGCACGGGCUCUAAAUUGGGUUGGGUUAAAUGGCGUGCCUUUUGAUAAAGAUCCUCAAUCCCUUAGUGGUGGCUACAAGCGACGACUUGCUCUUGCCAUUCAAUUAAUUCAAGUUCCAGAAUUGUUGAUUCUAGAUGAACCUCUUGCUGGUCUUGAUUGGAAGGCACGGGCAGAUGUAGCCAAACUACUGAAGCAUCUGAAGAAGGAGCUGACUCUGCUUGUUGUCAGCCAUGAUCUUAACUCCAGCACAAAAUCUGCACGGCCAAGACAUGGAAAUCGUCAAAUGCACUGGGUGGCUAAUGUUUUGGCUAGCAUUAUGAAUGGUAUGAUAAUUUAAAUACAGAUGAUGAAUUUUGUUUAAUAUUUGUGUGGAUAGUUGGUAAAUCUUUGUUGAAUAUCUUGUAGGUAUCUGUUGAACUUUGUCUAACUUAUAUGGAUGCCGGCUAUGUUACUUGGACUCUUCAUUUUGUUUCACGUUCCCAUGUCUGAUCCUUAAUGCUCGGACAUUGGUAUGGCACUUAGACACUUUAUUUUAGACAUAAAAUGGAAUGUUUAGAGUAUUCGACUCUUAGACAUGUACAAUAUCCGACAUCAGUGUCCGAGUCCAUGUAACAUAGGAUGCCGGUUAGUAUAGUUGGCUAGUUUCGUUGGCUUUGUCUUAGGGUUGUUGCUGAAGUUCUAAGACCAAAUUUUUGCAUAUUCCUGCCCUUUUUGGCUUCCUAUUAAGAAGGAAAAAAAAAAAGAGAAAAAACACGUGUCUAGUAUUGUUGAUCAUGUAGCGAAACUUGCAUAAUCUAUCAUCAUAAUAAAACUAGAUGAUUUGAACUGUAAUAUAUAAUUGAUACCAGUGACCAUGCAUGUCCACUUACACUCUUC